AUGUUCCAGCUAUCUUCAGCUGGUCUAAAAAACAUUAAUGAAACUCAGUUUGUAACUAUCAGAUUCAAUGAUUCUGAGUAUAAACUUGGGAUAAUCAGAGCUCAAUUCCUUUCAACAAAGAUUAAAUCAGAUACAACAGAAUUUAUUAUACCAAUUGCAGAGAAAAACAAUAGCUUUUCAUAUGUUUUGAAGUUGUUGAAUGGUGAGAAACUCGAAAUUCCCGAAAAUGUUAAAAUUCACGUUGGCUCCAUUGGAAUGUUUCUUCAAAAUGAAGAGUUAAUAAAUAUUGCAAAUACAGUUGACUUAUAUCCAUCAAAUGUUAUUUCAAUUUUAAAGCAAAAACUUGAAUUUCAUCUUAAUAUCACUCGAGAAAUCGAAUAUAUCGCCUCUCAUCUCUUUGAAAUGGAAGAAAGCGAUAUAAAACUUCUAGAUGUUGAUACACAGUACCUAAUAUUUAAUUCUUCCUCUGCAAAAAUAGAAAAUGAAAGUUGGAGAUUUGGCUUAAUAUCAGAACAAGUUAGAGAUAAUGGCGAUCGAUUCAUAAAGCUUUACGAAACAGUAGACUUUACAAAACUUUUACCAAACGAAAAAGAAGAAUUUCUUAAUUUGGUACCUUUAGAGAAGUGUACACCAUUACUAUACCAGAAACUGAUUUAUGGAUCUAUCAAAGCAACUCCUGAUAAGCAAGAAAAAGUCGAAAUACCUAAAAAAGAAGAAAAAUCAUUAGGAAAAACGUUCAAGAAUGAAAUUGACGGAUCAUUAGAUGGAAUUAUCAAUUAUUUAACUAAGAAGAACAACGGAAACGUGGCCGCAAAGAAAAUUGUUGAUGUUUCAUCAUCGAGUCAAUUUAUUCAUUUUUCACCAGAAAAUUUAGUUAAUUACGAUUCGAAGAAUAUGUUCCAGUCUCUCAAUGAAGAAGGAUCAUGGGUUCAAUUUGAUUUCAAGAACCUUCAAAUUGAUGUUUCAGGUUAUACAAUCGUUACAAAAGAAGGAAACCAAAACGACCAUCACUUGAAGUCUUGGGUUCUUGAGGCAAGUAACGAUGGAAAUACAUGGACGAUUCUUGACGAAGAGAAAAAUAAUGUUGACUUAAAUGGUCCUUCACAUAAAAAGACCUUCGAAGUCAGAAAUCACGGAUCAUAUUCGAAAUUUAGAAUCAGAAUGACAUCAGUUGCACAUUCAGGUUAUUGGGCUUUUGCUGCUUCAGCAAUAGAAUUCUUUGGUAAUUUAAUAGAAUAA